CAAUGCUCCCUAUAGGUUGCUCCCCUAACACUGCUUUAAGAUGGCUUUCAGAACUGGACAUGUUAUGAACUACCUUCUGAUCAUUUUGUUUGAAAACGGGUCUUAAUCGCGAAACGUGUCAAGUUUAGAUCGGAUUCAAAGGGGUUUGGCCCCUGUACGUGGUGUCCGAUCUCGGCGACACCUUCAGCUUCCCUGUGACGUUCUGCACGGCGCUCGAUAUCAGUGCUGUUAAGCUGGCUCUGGUGUUGAGUUUGUAAAUAUUAUCAGAUCUCCGAUCAGACUCGGUCUAGACCGGUGCUUCUGUAAAAAUGGCCACCAUGGAGAAGCUGAUGAAGGCGUUUGAGUCGCUCAAAUCCUUCCAGCAGCAGCAAGGCCCGCUGUCGGCCGAGGAGAUCGUCCAGAAACAAAAAAAAGACCUUGCUACAACCAAAAAGGACAGAGUGACUCAUUGCCUGACGAUUUGUGAAAACAUCGUGGCACAAUCGCUGAGGACAUCUCCAGAGUUCCAGAAACUUCUCGGAAUUGCCAUGGAAAUGUUCUUGCUGUGCAGCGAUGACAAGGAAUCUGACGUUAGAAUGGUGGCGGAUGAGUGCCUCAACAAAAUCAUCAAAGCAUUGAUGGAUUCUAACUUGCCUAGACUUCAGCUUGAACUGUACAAAGAGAUUAAAAAGAAUGCUGCCUCUCGAAGUCUGCGGGCGGCCCUGUGGAGGUUUGCUGAGCUUGCUCACCUGGUGCGUCCACAGAAAUGCAGGCCGUACCUUGUGAAUCUGCUGCCGUGUCUCACUCGAAUCACGAAACGUCAGGAGGAGACUGUGCAGGAAACUCUUUCUUCAUCGAUUCCUAAAAUUAUGUCUGCUCUCGGAAACUUUGCCAAUGAUGGAGAAAUCAAGAUGCUACUGAAGGCCUUUGUUGCCAAUCUCAAGUCCAGCUCUCCCACUAUCCGUCGCACUGCAGCCAGCUCUGCUGUCAGUGUGUGUCAGCACUCACGCAGAAAACACCACUUCUACACCUGGCUGCUCAACGUGCUGCUUGGUUUGGUGGUACCAGUGGAUGAGGAGCAUUCCACUCACCUGAUUCUUGGUGUGUUACUGACCUUGCGUUACCUGAUGCCUCUUCUGCAGCAGCAGACUCCAAACACCAGUCUGAAGGGCAGCUUUGGGCUUGUUCGGAAAGAGGCAGACAUCUCCCCUUCACCCGAGCAGCUCAUACAGAUGUAUGAGCUGACCCUGCACUACACACAGCACUGGGAUCAUAAUGUUGUGACGGCGUCUCUUGAGCUCCUGCAGCAGGUGUUUCGCACUCCUCCCCCUGAGCUCCUGAAAGUACUCAUCACAGUGGGCGAAAUAACACACACUACCGUCUUCAGAGAAGAGAUGGAGUCUCGUGCUCGCAGUGGCAGCAUCCUUGAGCUUAUUGCUGGUGGGUCAACAUGCAGUCCUCUCCUCCUCAGGAAGCAGAAAGGUAAACUGUUGUCGGGUGAAGAAGAGUGUUUAGAUGAUGACCCUGAGAGGGCAGAAGUCACCACAGGAUCAUUCUCUGCCUCAGUCGGCGGUGAUAACUCCAGCGAAGCUCUGUCCUCCUCAGGCAUUUCGUCUCUCGGCACAUCUGACAUCAUCACCGAGCAGCCACGCUCCUCCCAGCAUGCUUUGCAGCCUGGGGACUCAGUUGACCUGAGCACGUCAGAGCAGGGUGUGGGACCCGAUUCCCCAGAAGUCGAAGAUGAGGACAUGCUUAGCCGCAGCUCGAGUGGAGGCGCAGGAGUCGCCAGCACGUCCGGGGAUCUAAUAAGCGACAGCAACCAGAUAUCGACAGGAGGCAUCUCGUCAUCGCCCCCUAGUGACAGUUCCCAGACGACUACGGAGGGGCCGGACUCCGCCGUGACGCCUUCAGACUGCGCCGAGCUCGUGUUGGAUGGCAGUGAAAGUCAAUACUCAGGGAUGCAGAUCGGCACGCUACAGGAUGAGGAAGAAGAGGCAGCGGCGCCACCUGACAAACCUUCAGAGCCUUUCUCUCAGUCUGUACUGGCUUUAAGCAAACCCCACCUACUGGAGGGCAAAGGUCACAACAGGCAGUCAUCAGACAGCAGUGUGGAUCGAUUCAUACCAAAGGAAGAGGUUCUGGAACCAGCAGAGCUCAACAACAAGCCAUCUCGGAUUAAAGGAGAAAUCGGUCACUACACUGACCCAAAGGAAGAGCCUUUGGUGCACUGUGUCCGGCUGCUGGCUGCCUCCUUCCUGCUCACUGGCCAAAGAAACGGGCUGGUUCCUGAUAAUGAGGUUCGUGUGAGCGUGAAGGCGUUAGCCGUUAGCUGUGUGGGGGCUGCAGCCGCUCUUCUACCCGAUACCUUCUUUAACAGACUCUAUCUGCAGCCACUAGACGGACAACAACCAGAUGAGCAACAAUACAUAAGUGAUGUUCUGCAGUACAUUGAACAUGGAGACCCUCAGAUCAGAGGGGCCACAGCCAUCCUCUGUAGUGCUUUAAUCCAAGCCAUCCAACUAAAGACACGCUACAACACUGAGAUGUGGCUGUCUCACAUCCACAGCAUCACAGGUAACCCGGUGUCAAUCGAAGACUUUGUGCCUUUGCUGCAGCGCAGUCUAAAGGACGAAUCGUCUGUCACAUGUAAAAUGGCCUGUGCUGCUGUUAGGCACUGUAUCAUGGCGCUGUGUAAUGGCAGUCACAGUGAACUUGGCCUGCAGCUGCUGGUUGACCUCCUGACCCUGAAGGACUGCUCCUAUUGGCUGGUCCGCACUGAGCUACUUGAGACGCUGGCUGAGAUUGACUUUAGAUUAGUAAGUUUCUUGGAGAGAAAAACUGAGAAGUUGCACAAAGGAGAGCAUCACUACACUGGGUUAUUGAGGCUUCAGGACAGAGUGCUGAAUGAUGUUGUGCUUCACCUGCUGGGCGACGAUGACCCGCGAGUAAGACACGUGGCAGCAAACACCAUUAGCAGGCUGGUGCCAAGAUUGUUUUACGACUGUGACCAGGCUCAGGCGGAUCCGGUUGUGGCCAUAGCUCGAGAUCAGAGCAGCUUGUACCUGCAGCUUCUGAUGCACGAGACCCAGCCGCCAUCACAGUUUACUGUCAGCACGAUUACACGGACAUACCGAGGCUAUAGUCUGUGUCAGAGCUCACCGGACGUUACAAUCGACAACAACCUGUCACGGGUCAUCACUGCCCUAUCUCAUGCCCUUACCUCCUCUACUUCAAGAGCUGUCACUUUUGGCUGUUGUGAGGCUCUGUGCCUUCUGUCGAGCACUUUCCCAGUGUGCACCUGGAGCACCGGCUGGCACUGUGGCUUUGUGAGCUCCUCUGUGUUUCAUCUCAACCGUUCCAGCCAGUACCGCAGCCAAGGACGCUCAUUCAGUCUUUCUCAGCCUGGCGGUAAUGAGGAUGUGCGCAGGUCUUUGACAGUGGGCGUGGCCAGUAUGGUUCUGUCUCUCCUCACCUCCGCCUGGUUUCCCCUGGAUCUCUCCGCCCAUCAGUCUGCUCUGCUGCUGGCUGGAAAUCUUCUUGCAGCUGUUGCACCAAAGUGCAUGAAGAGUCCAUGGGUGGGUGAGGAAGACUCCAGCUCCGCCCCCUCCAAGCAGGAGGAGGCGUGGCCGGCUCUUAGCGACCGCUCUGUGGUUGCUAUGGUGGAGCAGCUGUUCUCACACCUGCUGAAGAUCCUCAACAUCUGCGCCCAUGUUCUGGAUGACACGCCUCCAGGGCCUGCUGUCAAGGCGACUUUGCCAUCAUUGUCCAAUACUCCAUCUCUCAGUCCGAUCAGACGCAAGGGAAAAGAGAAAGAGAUGACAGAGCCCAGCUCCACUCCCAUGAGCCCAAAGAAGGGAGCAGAGACCCACACAGGCAGAGCUGCAGACAGCACAGCGACAGCGGCGGUUAACAAAUCCACAACUCUGGGCAGCUUUUAUCACCUUCCUCCUUACCUGAAGCUUUACGAUUCCCUGAGAGCUACUCAGGCCAACUUCAAAGUCACGUUAGACCUCCACAACACCAAUGAGAAGUUUGGAAGUUUCUUGAGGUCAACCCUGGAUGUUCUUUCCCAGGUGCUCGAGCUGGCCACCCUCAACGACAUAGGCAAAUGUGUUGAAGAGAUCUUGGGGUACCUCAAGUCAUGUUUCUCACGGGAACCCACUAUGGCCACUGUCUGUGUCCAACAGUUGUUGAAGGCAUUGUUUGGGACCAAUCUUGCAUCUCAAUAUGAAGGGUCCUCGUCUUACCCAUGUCGGACCCAGGGCAAAGCCCUUCGGCUCGGGUCGAGCAGCUUGAGGCCUGGGCUCUAUCACUACUGCUUCAUGGCCCCGUACACACACUUCACACAGGCCCUUGCAGAUGCCAGCCUACGAAACAUGGUGCAGGCUGAGCAAGAACAGGAUGCCUCUGGAUGGUUCGAUGUCAUGCAAAAAGUGUCCAAUCAGCUGAGGUCGAGCAUUACCAAUGUCACUCGCCAUCGAGGAGAUAAGAACGCAAUUCACAAUCACAUUCGCUUGUUUGAGCCUCUGGUGAUAAAGGCGUUGAAGCAGUACACCACCAGCACUUCAGUGGCCCUGCAGAGACAGGUGCUGGAUCUACUCGCCCAGCUCGUGCAGCUGAGGGUCAACUACUGCCUGCUGGACUCAGACCAGGUGUUCAUCGGUUUCGUGCUAAAGCAGUUUGAGUACAUUGAAGUAGGGCAGUUCAGGGACUCGGAAAAGAUUGUGCCCAACAUUUUCUUCUUCCUGGUUUUGCUGUCGUAUGAGCGCUACCACUCCAAGCAGAUCAUCAGCAUCCCGAAGAUCAUUCAGCUGUGUGACGGCAUCAUGGCCAGCGGCAGGAAGGCGGUAACACAUGCAAUCCCUGCUCUGCAGCCCAUCGUGCAUGACCUGUUUGUGCUUCGGGGCUCUAAUAAAGCGGAUGCGGGGAAGGAGCUGGACACCCAAAAGGAAGUGGUGGUGUCCAUGCUGCUGCGCCUCAUUCAACACCACCAGGUGCUGGAGAUGUUUAUUCUGGUCCUACAGCAAUGCCAUAAAGAAAAUGAAGAUAAGUGGAAGAGGCUUUCGAGACAGAUCGCUGACAUCAUCCUGCCAAUGAUCGGCAAACAGCAGAUGCAUCUGGACUCCCAUGAGGCACUGGGCGUGUUAAACACACUGUUUGAGAUUGUGGCACCCUCUUCCUUGAGGCCAGUGGACAUGCUACUGAAGAGCAUGUUCAUCACACCGUCUACCCUUGCGUCGGUCGGCACGGUGCAGUUGUGGGUGUCUGGAAUUCUCGCCAUCGUUCGUGUUCUCAUCUCGCAGUCCACUGAGGACAUCAUUCUCUCUCGCAUUCAAGAGCUUUCGCUGUCGCCGUACCUCCUCUCAUGUGCCACCAUCCAGCAACUCCGGGACGAUGACCUUUCACCCCCCGCAGCCCCGCCCACUAUCCCAGAAGAGUCCGAUGGGGAGCCCCAGCGCUUCCCUCCUGAGGAAACCUUUGCCAGGUUUUUGUUGCAGUUGGUGGGGGUGUUGUUGGAUGAUAUUGCCAGUAAGCAGGUGAAGGUCGACAUGAGUGAGCAACAGCACACGUUCUACUGUCAGCAGCUGGGCACGUUACUCAUGUGUCUGAUCCACAUCUUUAAAUCAGGAAUGUUCCGGCGAAUCACAGCAGCGGGCAGCAGGCUGCUGAAGGUUGAGGGAGGGGAGGGGGGUAGUUUUUAUACCCUUGAGGGUUUAAACACCCUUGUGCUUCAGCUCAUCACAACACACCCGUCUCUGGUCCUGCUCUGGUGUCAGGUUCUUCUCAUCAUCAACUACACAAACUACACCUGGUGGUCAGAGGUGCAUCAGACCCCCAGGAGGAACAGUCUGUCUAGCACUAAGCUUCUGAGCCCACAUUCAUCUGGAGAAGAGGAGAGUCCUGAGGGAAAACUAGCUAUGUGUAACCGAGAGAUUGUUCGUCGAGGGGCGCUCAUCCUCUUCUGUGACUACGUGUGUCAAAACCUGCAUGACUCCGAGCAUUUAACGUGGCUGACGGUGAAUCACGUGAGCGAUCUCAUCAGUCUUUCCCAUGAGCCUCCGGUGCAGGACCUCAUCAGUGCUGUGCACCGAAAUUCUGCGGCAAGCGGCCUCUUCAUACAGGCUAUACAAUCACGCUGUGACAACCUCUGUACUCCUGUGAUGCUGAAGAAGACCCUGCAGUGUUUGGAAGGAAUUCAUUUGAGUCAGUCUGGCGCGCUGCUCAUGCUAUACGUGGACAAACUACUCAACACGCCGUUCCGUGUGCUGGCUCGCAUGGUGGACACUCUCGCCUGCAGACGUGUGGAGAUGCUGCUUGCCGAGACCCUGCAGAAUAGUGUAGCUCAGCUACCUCUGGAGGAGCUGGACAGAAUUCAACAGUACCUGCAGACCAGUGGCCUUGCGCAAAGACAUCAGCGGUUCUACUCCCUGCUGGACAGGUUCAGAGCCACAGUUGCUGAAGAUACCACAAGUCCUGCUGCCCCUAUUACCUCCCACCCACUAGAUGGGGACCCACCCCCUCCACCUGAAAAUGUUGAACCCGAUAAGGAGUGGUACGUUGCUCUGGUAAAGUCUCAGUGUUGUUUGAGAGGUGAAGGAGCUCUUUAUGAAACCACAGAGCUGCUGACCAAACUUCCACAACCUGAUCUGAGCACCAUAAUGACCUGCAAGGACUUUAACCUGUGUCUGCUGGCAUCAUGUGUGAGUGUUGGUGUGCAGCGGCUGUGUAAGGAUCACGGGGCGGUAUUAUUCGAGACCGCUCAGCAGGUGGCCUUUGAGCGAUUGGCUGGUGUCAUAGAGCUCCUCCCCUCCCCUCACCAGCCCCUCCUCAUCUCAUCCAAGUCCUGUACGGACUCCUACAUGGAGAAAGUCAAUCAGGUGUAUGGUGAGCCUGGGUUUUAUCAGACCGUGUUGAGUCUGUGUGGGGUGUUGAGUCAGUAUCUGCUGUCUCUAUCCAAAGUUCCCUCAUCCGUGAACAUUUCCAAAGACAGAGAGACCCUCAUUGCCACCUUCAGCACCCUUGCCGUAGAGGUGGUGGUGUGGCGUUUGCUGCAGGAUCAGCUGCCUCUGAGUGUGGACAUUCAGAUGAGUUUAUCAUGUCUGUGUUUGGCUCUCCAACAGUCGGCGGUGUGGACACACUUCACCUCCGACUCCUACCUCUCACAAACCUGCUCUAUAAUUCACUGUGUACAGCUCCUCAUCCACGCAGUCGCUGUUGGUCCUGGUGACCAGCUUCUGAGGCCAGAGAGGAAAACAUCACAUACAGAUCAGUCAGAAGACGACCAGUUGGACUCGGCGUCAGAUAAUCAGCGUGAAUGGCGGUGCUGUGAGAUCAUGGCUGAGCUGGUUGAAAGUCUGCAGAGUGUGCUGGCUCUGGGUCACCACAGAAACAAGAACAUCCCAGCAUUCCUUACGCCUGUCCUCCGGAACGUAAUCAUCAGUCUUGCCAGGCUGCCCCUUGUAAACAGCUACACUAGAAUCCCACCUCUUGUCUGGAAGUUGGGCUGGUCCCCCAGACCUAGUGGAGAGUUUGGUACAGCUUUGCCUGAAAUCCCUGUGGAGUUUUUUCAAGAGAAAGACGUCUUUAGAGAAUUCCUCUAUCGGAUUAACACUCUGGGCUGGAGCAGUCGGACACAGUUUGAGGAGACAUGGGCCACUCUGUUGGGGGUUGUGGUCACUCAGCCAAUCACGAUGGACCAAGAAGAGGAGAGCCAGCAGGAGGAUGAUCUGGAGAGGACGCAGAUAAAUGUACUGGCGGUUCAGGCCAUCACCUCUCUAGUGCUGAGUGCCAUGACUCUACCGACAGCAGGAAAUCCCGCCGUCAGCUGUCCUGAACAACAACCUCGCCACAAGAUCCUUAAAGCUCUGGAUACUAGAUUUGGCCGUAAACUGAGUGUCAUUAGAGGUAUGGUCGAGCGCGAGAUUCAGGCCAUGGUGUCAAAGCGAGACAACAUCGCCACACACUUCCCCUAUCAAGCUUGGGACCCCGUGCCAUCAUUAUCGUCAUCGACAGCUGGCACCCUCAUUAGCCAUGAGAAACUACUUCUGCAAAUAAACACAGAGAGGGAGAUGGGCAACAUGGACUACAAACUGGGACAGGUGUCCAUUCACUCAGUUUGGAUGGGGAAUAAUAUCACCCCUCUGAGAGAAGAGGAGUGGGGUGAGGAUGAGGAAGAUGAAGCAGAUGCUCCAGCACCUGCCUCACCUCCAGUGUCACCAAUAAACUCCAGAAAGCAUCGUGCUGGUGUUGACAUCCACUCCUGCUCCCAGUUCCUCCUGGAGCUCUACAGUCAGUGGAUCCUCCCCGGCAGCCCCAGCAGCAGGAAAACACCUGUUGUGCUUGUCAGUGAAGUGGUCAGAUCGCUGCUGGCAGUGUCUGAUCUCUUCACAGAGAGGAAUCAGUUUGAUAUGAUGUUCUCCACUCUGACUGAGCUGCAGAAGGUUCAUCCACCAGAAGAUGAGAUCCUCAAUCAAUACCUCGUACCAGCUAUCUGCAAAGCAGCGUCUGUGCUAGGAAUGGAUAAAGUUAUCGCAGAACCCGUGUGUCGUCUUCUGGAGAGCACCUUACGCAGCACUCACCUGCCCAGUCGAAUUGGAGCACUACAUGGGGUUCUGUAUGUGCUAGAAUGUGAUCUACUAGACGAUACGGCACGCCAGCUUAUUCCAGCCGUCAGUGACUACCUGCUCUCCAACCUAAGAGCUACUGCUCACUGCGUGAACGUGCACAACCAGCAGCACGUGUUGGUGAUGUGCGCCGUGGCCUUCUACAUGAUGGAGAACUACCCUCUGGACGUCGGGUCAGAAUUCAAUGCCGGGGUCAUUCAGCUGUGCUGUGUCAUGCUUUCGGCUAGCGAGGAGGCCACACCAUCUGUCAUCUACCACUGUGUCCUGCGAGGUCUGGAGCGACUGCUUCUCUCCGAGCAGCUGUCACGCGUGGAUGCGGAGACCCUUGUCAAGCUGAGCGUGGACCGCGUGAACAUGCCCAGUCCACACCGCGCCAUGGCUGCCCUGGGUCUCAUGCUGACCUGCAUGUACACAGGUGUGGCUGGAGAGGAAGGGAAAGAGAAGGGAAGUCCUGGGCACCUUGCCGAUGCAGAAUCUACAGCUCCGGAUAGCGAAUCGGUAAUUGUUGCCAUGGAGCGCGUAUCCGUUCUCUUUGACAGGAUCCGCAAAGGCUUUCCGAGUGAGGCACGCGUAGUAUCCCGGAUCCUUCCCCAGUUCCUGGAUGACUUUUUCCCACUUCAGGACGUAAUGAACAAAGUAAUCGGAGAGUUCCUGUCCAAUCAGCAGCCUUACCCGCAAUUUAUGGCAACGGUGGUCUACAAGGUAUUUCAGACACUUCAUGCAACUGGCCAGUCCUCCAUGGUCCGUGAUUGGGUGCUCCUCUCUCUGUCGAACUUCACGCAGAGAACACCUGUCGCUAUGGCAAUGUGGAGCCUGUCUUGUUUCUUUGUCAGUGCUUCUACCAGCCAGUGGAUCUCCGCCCUUCUGCCUCACAUUAUAAGUCGCAUGGGGAAGUCGGACACAGUGGACGUUAGUCUUUUCUGUCUUGUCGCUAUGGAUUUCUAUCGACACCAGAUUGAUGAAGAGUUAGACCGAAGGGCCUUCCAGUCUGUCUUUGAGAUGGUGGCGUCUCCUGGUAGUCCUUAUUACCAAUUGCUGUGCUGUUUGCAGAGCAUUCACCAAGACACAUCCUUAUAAUAUAAACAUUUCCAAAACAACAAGUAAAUCACAAGACAUCGAUAAAAAAUAACACAAAAAAAAAGCUUCACAAUUGGCCACAAUAAACUAUUAUCUUGGAUUGGAUAUGUGGAGGUGGAUUGGUUGCUAUGAAAAUGAUACAAAAGGUCAUUGCCCCAAAUAGUUUAUAGUUAUAUAGACCGUGGGACCAAUAUAAACCACGAGACAGCCAAACAACCUCUAGUCUGUAAUAAUAACACAAAAAUACCACAACUGUAAAAAAGACUGACUUUAGGUAGUGGUGAUUUAAGCGCUCAGCAUUAUAUCGAGGCAAGCUUUUGUUCACCGUAAUCUCCAUAUUAAUGCUCUUCCUUUGAAAUCUGAGAAUGUUGUUGUGGCAAGACUGCAUAAUGCAAGUAUAAUCUAGUUGCAAAGGUUUUCUGUUAUGCAGUCCAAACCAACAGUGUAUCUCGUUUAAUAAAUUCUGUUAGAACAUAAUAUUCAAGAGAUUUCCCAAAAGUUUCAGAUAAUAAUACAGUUGAAUAUUAAUUCAAGCACUUUAGAGAAGUCAACUACUUAAAUGUUUCAUCACUUCCUGCACUUAAAAAAACUUGACUAAUUUUCUUUAAGCUAUUGGGAAGCAACAUGAUAUGGUAUUUUCCACCCUCCUCUCCACCAAUCCAAACUCUCCUGUUCCCACAGAAAUGAAAGAUGCUCUUCUUCAUCUUCCUAGACCCACAACUCCCUUAAUUGAAUAUCAUUCCUUUCGCAAGGCCGAUGUAAUUUUUUGCUCUUCGUGUUUGCCAGCACUUAAAGCAAAAAUAAAUUGUACGUUGAAUUUAUUCCCCUCGAAUGCGGGAACGUUGCUUAAGAGUAUUGGUCUGAUUUGAUUUUUGUGUAUUUAAAUGUACAAUGUGUUCGGCAUGAGCGCAAUGUUUCCACAGAGAGGCGAGAAUUGUCUAAAAGUUGAUUUUUCUUCAAAUUCAAUUGUCUAUAUUUGUUGUUUUUAAAUUGACUUUUUUGUUUUAUUUUUAAACGGAAGAAAACCAGUUCACAAAUGUGAAUCACUGAAGCCUUUUUGUAUGGUUGGGGUUUGAAAUAGCCAUAGCGGUUUGUGUAGAGAGGUUUUUUUUAGAUUUUGUGGUUUCUGGACAUUACAGCUGAGAUCUGUAUGACAUAAUGUGUACUUUUCAGCACAUUUAUUUUAUUAGUUACUUUUCUUUUAAGAGCUCAGGACGUAAAAACUGAUCUAGUGUAAUGACUGGAAUAUGUAUUUUAAUCUAUAUUGUUUACAUCAUGUACAAUUUGUGUAAAAGAAAUAAUAUUUGUGACGAAUUGAAUAAACUGUAGUGCAUGACAACACCCAUCGGUGGACACAAGACGGUGUAAAGUGAAGGGCCAUUGUAAAUGAAUGAGCGCAAUAACCCACCCUUUAUUUUUCUGUUUCAAAUUUGUGGAGUGACACAAUCACUUUAUUUUUGACUCUGUGGCAUAGGAGCCUACACUGUAAAUAGAAGCCUCGGAGAAGCUAUAGAUGUCUUAUAUAUUAUUAACUUGAAGCAUGCUGUUGUCUGCUCUCAAUAUUGAAUUCAUAUUUUAUGUGAUGACAAAACGGGGACUUUUGUGAUUGUAAAUGGGAGGACAGUCUACAUGGGCACCGGAUACCUAACAAAGACAAAUUUGCACUCAUGGCAUGACUGAAAGGUCAAAUUUGCUGGUCCUGUUGGGUAGUGUACAGACUACUAAAUAUACGUUUUCUGAAGUGGUAAGAAGUUUGCUUUGUUGUAGUGUACAUAGCACUUGAUACAAGAUAUUUUCACUGCUUAAAAAUAGCCUUUCCUUGUUUGAAAUUGGCAUAUUCACCUCGUGUAAUUGCCCCAGGCCAACAAGGACUUUUGCCGGUCAGUUUCACAGAUGGUAGCUGCAUUCAAAAAAUUCUGUCAACUAAUUGAUGGGCUGCUUAAGUGCUCCGAUACGGCAGUGCUUUUGGCGGUCAGGAAUAACUUGAUGCCUUUAAACACAAACCACCUUUGUGGUUGGACCAAAAUACUGCAAAUCUCUUUAGUGCGGAAAACACUGACAUUUUGGGAAAUAUCAGCUAGUAAAUAAGUUUUUCGUGUUUAGUUUUUGUGUUUGGUAAGCUUGAUCUCAGAAAGGGGGCACUGACUGGUUUAUUGCGUCUCAGGUGAUUUAUUUUUACACGCCCCUUGCAUUAUAAUGUUAUUACCCAGCAAAUCCAUGCAAUACAGAUUUGACACUAUUAUUGAUUGUUUUCCCAUGUAGUAGUCAUCUUUCAGAGAAGAUUACUAAAUCAUAAUUUAGUUACACACAUAGGUUGGUGAGAAUAGGAUAUUGAAUGUCACUCACAUAAUGGGUUAUUUGGGGAGGAUGGCAGCUGUCCCUGCAGACUAGGAUGCCAUGAUGGUUUAGCACCGGAGCCUUAAGAAAAUCCCCAUUGCUAUUUAUUUAGCUCAUCUCUGCAAGCUGUGGGGAGUCAAAGAGGACAAGAAGUUGAUGUAUUUAUUUUGAUGGAUUGUUUUAAUGUCUUGAAUCAUAAAAAAGACUAUAAUAAAUAAACAAAUAAAAGAUUUUAAAUGUUU